GGAGCCUUGUGUCAGAGGGAGGACGCCAUCGGCGCCAUCGCUUCUGCAACUACCUGCUGAGUGUGUAUCUGUAAAUAAUGCUGGAGAAUGGAAGAGCCGUGGGGCUUCGUUUUCAUUUCUCGUCUGUUCGACGGCCUGCGGUCAUUUUGCGUGGACUUCAUGCAAGACUGGAAAGCCAACGACAUGCGGUUGGCUGUCUUCAAAAUUCUCCUUUCUUGGUUAUUACUCAGCCUCAUUGCAAUUCAUAUAGCGUGGAAAGUGUACGGAACGACUGUCAACGACAUGUAUUACAGACAAGGUACAGGUGGACAAAAUGGGGGUACUCCAGAUACAGCACAACAUCUUAGCAGCUGGGACAGUGUAGGAGAGGAAAGUUUCAAAACGCACAGGGAAUGAAGAUUCACAUCGUCCAGACAAAUGUACAGAAAUUGCUCUGUGUUCUGCAAUUUCAGAAAAAGACUUUAGUAAAAGAAUCCAAGUCAUAUGUCGCUCAAAAUCAUGAGAAAUGGUCAUAAACAAAGACAUUAUUAAAACAGUCAAAGUUGUGUUCACUCAGAAUAUUGAGAAAUGCUCCUGUUGCUCUUUUUAAACAGAUUUUGCCCGAGAAAUCAUGUAUGAGCCAAUCUAGGUAACCUGGGAUGGUGGUGGUUUAUUAGGUGGUAUUUAUGAUCUUUAUUAGGUAAAUGAUGUUGCAAACAUUUUACACCCCCAUUCCAUUCUAUUCUACUUAAAUGGAAACUUUUCCCACCACACUUGAAAAGAGAAUUAGGUAUGCAUUGUUGCCCAGGUUUUCUGUGGUAUGUUUAAAAUAUUAGUUAUUACAUUUUGUGCACUUAACAACCACAUAGUAUUGCCUACUCUGAUCCCUGCCAUCCACAGAGUGAGAUUAUACCCUCUUAAUUGCAAAACAGUUUGUCAACACCCAAUGCUAUAAGUUUGUUAUGGAAUUUUUUUAAGAUUGUGGCCUGGAGAGAGAAUUAUUAUAUUGUAAUUAUUCCUUUAAUAGUAAUCAAGUACAACCUCACUGGGAGGGAAUGAAUGGAAAACACAUUUGCAAGAUGACACAGCUUAUGGUCAAGGCUGGAGAGUGUCUAACAGGGUAAUAGUUACUUUUACAAAGAAUUGUACAUGAGUUUAACAUUUGAGACAACCAGGGUCAGGUCAUGUACAAAAUGGUAAGAUUUUUUUUUUGUCAAG